AUGUUCGCCAACCUUCGCCCAUCUUUGGCCAAUUUUCGAGCAUUUUCUCCCACCCCCCGCUUUCUUUCUCUUCGCUCGUUUGUCAAUUUAAUCGACCAGCAACUACGCACGCAGGCCCUUCCCAUUGACAGCUCAGCGCAAUACCUCGUGCUGACGAGUGCUGACGUGGCGCUUGGGGACCGCGAGAAGGGGUUCUGCGGACGGUCGGGGUACUGCGGGUUCCACUCUUUCGCCACGGAUGGCGUUAGCUACAUCAAAUACGCGUUUGUGGGGAACGGGGAGAAGUGCGGCACGCGGUGCAUGCGCACAGGCAGCAGCAAAAAAACGCCGAACGGCAAGCGGGGAGUGGAUGGGAUGAUAAGCAUCGUGGGGCACGAAAUGGUCGAGACGGCCAGCAACCCGCGCAUACAGGGCGGGUGGUACGACGCACUGGGAGCAGAGAGCAGCGACAAGUGCAUGACGGAUUUCGGGCCGUCGGUGACUGUGGGGGGGGCGUCAGUGGUGCUGGGGGGUGGGUACAGUUACAAUAUGGUGGGGCAGGGCGGCAUGCAGUGGCUGGUAGAGAGUAACUGGCGACCUGUGGAGCCACAGGGGUGCGCCAUGACGCGGUACUGA